AUGGAAGCUUUUAUGGAUACCUACGCCAGCUUUCUCCCUUGUCUCUCAGCAUUCUCGCUUCAUCUGAAUGCCCUACUGGAGCGUGCUCGUCAAGACUAUGCCCUUGCUAUUCCUCAGCAGCCUUCGUCUAGUGAUGCUGCUUCAAUUGCUAGGAUAUCUUCGUUGGAGGGUGACCUAAGGAAGGCGCAGAGGUCUCUGGAAGGUUGCUUAUUGGAUCUUGAGAGAGCUAAUAACGCUGCUAAGGUUGUCGAGGAGGGUCGUAAAGCUGCUGAUUCUGCCUUAGCCACUGAGUCCUCCAAAUCUAUUCGUCUUCAAGAGAAGCUGGUGGGUGCAAAUGCUAAGAUCAGCAACCGCGAGGGUCAGAUAUCCCAGUUGGAAAUAUCUCGCCAGCUUGAUGCUGCUGCUAAAUUUAAGGCUGAGGCUCUUCAGCGAGCUAACGAUCAACUCAGUGCUCAGCUUAGGGAGCUUCGUCAGAAGUCGGCUCCUGAUCUGUCAUCUCAGGCUUCUGAGAUGAAGCUGAGGUUUAAGCGUUCUUCCAUCGAUUAUAUCAACAAUGCUUUUGCGGAGGCUGAGCUCCAAGCGGAGGGUCUUCAUCUGAAUGCCCUACUGGAGCGUGCUCGUCAAGACUAUGCCCUUGCUAUUCCUCAGCAGCCUUCGUCUAGUGAUGCUGCUUCAAUUGCUAGGAUAUCUUCGUUGGAGGGUGACCUAAGGAAGGCGCAGAGGUCUCUGGAAGGUUGCUUAUUGGAUCUUGAGAGAGCUAAUAACGCUGCUAAGGUUGUCGAGGAGGGUCGUAAAGCUGCUGAUUCUGCCUUAGCCACUGAGUCCUCCAAAUCUAUUCAUGUUGACGAUCUUCGGACUGAAAGGGAUACCCAUUUGGAUGAUCUUGAUACGGCUGAGGUGGACCUUGUUGAAUCUCAGCAUAGUUUAGAAGAGUCUCCAAGAGAGCUGGUGGGUGCAAAUGCUAAGAUCAGCAACCUCGAGGGUCAGAUAUCCCAGUUGGAAAUAUCUCGCCAGUUUGAUGCUGCUGCUAAAUUUAAGGCUGAGGCUCUUCAGCGAGCUAACGAUCAACUCAGUGCUCAGCUUAGGGAGCUUCGUCAGAAGUCGGCUUCUGAUCUGUCAGCUCAGGCUUCUGAGAUGGAGGCGCGGUUUAAGCGUUCUGCCAUCGAUUAUAUCAACAAUGCUUUUGCGGAGGCUGAGCUCCAAGCGGAGGGUGUCACCUUUCCUCGUCUUCCUUAUCCUUGA